GUGUGUGUGUGUGUGUUUAUGUUCUCCUUGACUGAAUGCUUCAGGAAAGAUGGCUUUCUGGCGUUCCAGACCAGCCGUUAUAAGCUGCAUUAUUAUGAAACUCCAACAGGAAUCAAACUGGUGAUGAACACAGACCUCGGCGUGCCGAACUGCAGAGACACACUGCAGCAGAUCUACAGCACUCUGUAUGUGGAGUACAUUGUGAAGAACCCGCUGUGUGUGCUGGGCGAAUCUCUCCAGAGCGAUCUGUUCAACAGUAAACUGGACUCUUUCAUCAGAGCGCUACCGUUCUUCAGCGUCCGCGCCGCCUGAUCACAAUAAAACAUCAGCUUCUAUUUAUA